AGUUGUCCAUCUCUAUUUUCUUCAUAUUGUGCCUUAUCUUAUCUUUUCUGUCCCUCUUCCAUCUUCACUGCCCCUUUCUUUCUCUCUCUCUCUCUCUCUCUCUCUCUCUCUCUCUCUCUCUCUCUCACACACACACCCUCCCAUCUCAGUCAUUCUCAUUUCUACUCUCGUUCUCUCUAUCUCUCUCUUUCUUUAUCUCUCUUUCUCCCCCUCUCCCAUCUCUCCCAUUCCAUUAAGUCCCCCUGUAUUUCUCUUUCUCUUCCUCUUUCUUUGUAUCUCUCUUCCUCUCUCUGUAUCUCCCUCUCUCACCACAUCCAUUACAUUUCAUUCAGUCUCUGUCUCUCUCUCUGUCUCUCUCUCUCUUCACACUCUCAUUCAGUCCCUCUGUAUCUCUCUACAUUCCUUUCUCUCGUCACACUCCCUUCGAUCUCGUCCAGUCCGUUUGUAUCUCUCUCUUUCUCUCUCUCUCCAUCUCUCUCUCUCUCUCUACACUCCCUCCCAUCUCCUUCGGUCUGUCUCUCCCUGACUCCCUCUCCUCCCAUUUCUCUCUCUCUCUCUCUCUCUCUUUCUCUGUGUGUCUGUGGGAGGGUGGGAGCAGGUGGUAUAGUGGAAUGUGUUGGGGGGUCUAUCUGUGAGUCCUGCGCUCUGUUUAACUGAUCGGACUGAAGGACUGAAAUGCUGAAAUGGCUUCCAGAGAGAUUACCGCUUCAGGCUUCACCACCGUGUCCAGAGAGCUCACAGACAGCAUCAAGAAAUUCAUGGAAAAAUCCUCAAUCAAGUUUGUUCGCAGCAUCAAGUUGGAAACAAAAAAUGGCAAAUCAGAGGACAGGAUAUUGGUGCUGACAACAUGGAGACUGUACCUAAUGGCAACAAAGGUGCCGACAAAGGCGGAGGCAACCUUUAAUUUCCUGGAGAUCCGAGCCAUGAACACGCACCCCGAGAUGCAAGUUGUCAUAGAAACUGACAAGUCGACGUAUUCCCUCAGGCUGCAGACACGUGAUCACCUGGACCAUGUGAUCAACCACAUCAACUUCGCUCUGUCUCGAAUAUUCAACAACUCUGCGUUCGCCCCGUCUCUCUGUCACUCAGACAGUGAUUUGUCAGAUGGAAGCAGGAAGUACUCUCCCAGCUCCGACACCUCAGUCGAGACACAGAGAGCUUGUGGUGGCUUCUCUGAAACUUAUGCCGCUCUCUGUGAUUACAAUGGCAUCAGCUGUAAAGAAGAAGUGCAGUGGGAUGUAGACACUAUCUAUCAUUCUCAAGACAACCGUGAAUUCAACCUACUAGACUUCAGUCACCUAGAGAGCAGAGAUCUCGCAGUCAUCGUUGCGUCCAUGGCCUACAACACAUGGUUCACCAAACUCUACUGCAAAGACCUGCGCAUUGGGUCAGAAGUCACAGAGCAGGUUUUGCACACGCUCAGUAAGUCCUCAAGUCUAGAAGAGAUCACACUGGAGAACGCUGGACUUAAAUCUGACUUUCCCCAGAAGCUGUCAGUUGCAUUAUCGGAGAAUCCAGCUUCAGUCAUCCAUUCUCUCAAUCUGGCUCAUAACACACUGGACAACCAAGGUGUGUGUAAUCUGAUUCAGCAGGUGUGCCGUCUCAGCAAAGGGCUUCGCCUCCUCAACCUGUCCAAAACUUCACUCUCAUCUAAAGGUGUGGUGUCUCUCUCUCAGGCUCUCUGCUCCAAUGACGAUUACUCAAACUCACUUCUGCAUUUGGAUCUCAGCAAGAACCCCGGGAUUCUGUCAGGAGAGGAUGCAACGCAUCUCCACAUGUUCCUGUCCCAGCCUAACUGUCUGGUACAUUUAGACCUGUCAGCCACAGACUGCUGCGUGGAUUCGCUGUUUGGGGCUUUGCUUAGGGGCUGCUGUGCUGACCUCUCUUACCUCAACCUCUCCAAAAACUCAUUUUCUCACAGAAAAGUGAAGGAGUCUUUGCCUUUGUUCCGUCAGUUCUUCAGCUCUGCAUUCAGUCUCACACACGUCAGUCUGGCCUCCAUGAAGCUGCCCCCAGAAGCCCUCAGGAAUCUGUUCUUGGGUCUGACCAACAACCCCCAUAUCAAUGACAUGCAUCUUGACAUCAGUGGCUGUGAGCUAAGAUCAGCAGGAGCAGCUGUGAUACAGGAGCUGUUUCCCAGAGUGACAUCCAUUGCUACACUGGACAUCUCAGACAAUGGAUUUGAUUCAGACCUGUUGACUGUGUUGCCUGCCCUGUCCAAACAUCCAUCACUGAAACACCUCCAUCUGGGCAAAAACUUCAACAUCAAGAACAGGGUGCUGGACGACAUUCUGCAGAAACUGGUCCAGCUGAUCCAGGAGGAAGAGUGUGUGCUGCAGUCUCUGUCUCUGGUGGAUUCUCGGCUACGUUCUCGAGGAACAGUGCUGGUGAACGCCCUGGGCAGUAAUGCGUGCCUCAGGAAAGUGGACCUGAGUGGGAACAGUCUGGAGGACAUAGGAGCCAAAAUGCUCAGCAAAGCCCUGCAGAUCAACACCACACUGAGGAGUGUGACCUGGGACCGUAAUAACACCACAGCCACUGGACUAAUGGAUGUGGCGCGAGCUCUGGAACAUAAUUUCACUCUGCAGUACAUGCCCAUUCCCCUGAGUGAUGUCACACAGGCGUAUCGGAUUGCUCCAGAGAAGACAGAGCAAGCUCUUACCAAAAUUCAGAGAGCUUUGCUGAGGAAUAAUCAGACUCAGCGCUUCUCACAGAGACAAGCUCUCCGGCUUCACCAAGGCCUGGUGACCAGCACUGCUGAACAGGUGAUGGAGCGCUUGUGUGUACGAGUGCAGCAGCAGGUGUGUGUGCUGCGUGGUGUGGUGGAGGUGGAGGAGCUUCAGGCAGCUAAACAGGUUCUGAAAGAGGCCCGCAACUCCCGAGCGCUCUAUCCAUCUCUCUGUGAGUUGGCUCAUGUGCUUUCUGUUGAUGGACCGGUCAGACAAAGGCUAGACUCUCUGGCUGGGGAAUUGGCCAAGGCUGCAGAUAAAGAACUGCAGGUGAUCGUGGACUCCAUGGUGUCUCUGUGCCGUGAACUGUGCCCCCUCUCCUCCACAGCGGCAGAACGACUGAGUCCUCCUCUCUCCUCUGUCUCAGAGCGAGUGUCCAUCCCUCGCUCGGCUAUUCGCACCGCACUGAUGGAGAGAGCAGCUCAAGACAUCCAUCGAGCUCUGGAGGAGGUUAAGCUGUCUGUAGUGUCGUAUCUCACCAACUCAAUUGUGGAUCAGAUCUUACAGGAGCUUUACUCUACACACAAAGCUCUGACUCGGCAGGUGUCUCAGGUAAAACAGUGGGAUGGAAUUUGUGAUGGUGGAACAGGACGAAGGUUACACAGACACAGAGACUCGCUUGAGAUCACUGAUGAGGAGCUGGGCACCAGCAUUGACACGAUAGCCAUUAAGAAGCAUAGUUCCAGGACUAGGAGAAUCCGACCAGUAUCCACCAGACUGAGUUUGUGUGAUGACUCCAGUUCGUCUCCGCCCACCUCCGCCGCUCAGCUCUCCUCUCCGCUCGCCCGCUCUGCAUCCUGGGAAGGCUUAUCUGCACUGCCUACCCAGGGUGCACCUCUGCACCAUGUGACUCGGGUCAGGCCGAGGCCUCCACGACGGCACCGUGGAGCGCUUCUGUCGUCUGACUCUCACUGUACUGAAAAUGGAGCUGUCACUCCACUGGACGAUGGACUGCCUGAUUUUUACAGCAAGAGAGUUCUUCCUGAAAGUCAGUUAUCCACCCUUCAUAAGGCCCAUUCCCUCAGGCGAAAGAAGAGACGCAACAUGCUGGCCAUCUUUGGUUUCCGAAGGAACCGGAAUUCCACCCUGUCCAACCAAGAGUCCGACUCGCUGGGUGUGAACUGUAGUGAGGAUUGUCGGACUGUCGCUACAGCUCCCACAGGGAAUGCCCUUGAGAAUGUUUACACUCUUCUACAGCCCCCCAGGCUGCCUGGCAGCAGCAGCUGCCCAGCUGAGGUGGCUGAUGGGACGGUGGAGGAGAAGCGGAUGGAGGAGCCCAGAGCAGGGGUGAUGGAGAUUCGCUCCGUUCAGGGCAUGCCAUUCACCACCUUUAGGGGGAACAAGCACCCCUUCUACACCAGCAGAACGAAUUCGGAGGCAGGUCCUGAACAUGACCCACCCUCAGGAACGGACAGAAACUCUGAGAGAGAGAUGGACAGACAGACGUUACGGCCGAUGGACAGACAGAUGAGCAAGGAGGUAGACUGGCAGCGGCAGACAGACAGAGAGGCAGACCGGCAGUCCUUUAGGUGUGAGAGUGAGACAGACAGACAGACGCUGAGACACGUAGAGAGAGAAUUGAACAGACAGUCAUCCAGACAGAUGGAGAAGAUCUCAGAAAUGGAGGCAGAGAGGCAGACCCUGAGGAAGAUAGAGAGAGAGUUGGACAGACAGACGUCACGGCCGUCAGAGAGGGAGCUGGACAGACAAGCUUUGAGGCAGAUAGACAGAGAGAUGGACAGACAGACGCUGUGGAAGGCAGACCGGCAUUUAGAAAGGGAAUUGGACAGACACACUCUGAGGCAGAUAGACAGGCAGGCCGAGGCUCAGCAGAGGCAGGCCAACAAGCAGUGGGUGGAGUCUCGCCACAUGGACAACCAAUGGGGCGACUACAGACAGACCAACAGGGGGUUGGAGAGGAAGUGGGCGGAGCCAAAACCACCAGACACGCAGUGGACUGACCUGAGGCAGGUGGACAGGCAGUGUGAGAAGCAGUGGGCGGAGAAGCAAGCGGGUAAACAGACACAAGGACAGCAAUCGCCCACCGACAGGCCCCUCCCACCCUAUCCCUCCGGAGACAGGACUCCCUCUCCAAACACACAGUCCGAGAGGCAGAUCAGCGUGGAUGCGGACAGACGACUGCACUGUGAUCUCCUCACUGAUCUCACAGAAAGAGAUCAGCCACCCUCAGACACGCUGACUGACCCCCUGCAGAUGGUCGAGUCAUCAUGGCCGUCAGAGGAGAGGGGUAGAGGAACAGGACCUCCAGGGGGACGUCCUGUACCCUGUCCAACCAAACCAAACCCCCCUCCACAGAGCAGCAAGCCCAGUCUUGCUAAACUCAGACAGAGACCCCUGCAGGAGAGCUCUGGUACAGAAGACGAGGUAGGAGGAGAGAGGGAUAAAAAAGAUGGAGGGAUAGAAAGAACAAGAGAAACCGAGGGGCAGCCCCCGCCAAUUCCAGCAAAGCCAAAGUCUGCGCCAUACAUGCUCUCCCCAACCGAAUCAUCCAGUGAGAGGAAGAUCCCACCCCUGAUUCCACCGACCUCCUCAAAGCCCCCGUUAGGACUAGCUGAGAGGUCUCAUACCCAAGGGGAGGAGUGUGUGAGACCUCAAGCUCCAGUUAAACCACAGCGUAACCGGAAGGCUCUGUCAUGUGACACAGGCACAGACAGGGACAGCCCCAAUAACCUGGAGAAGCCCCCAAAUCCCCGCAACCCCCCUGUGAAAAAACCUAGACUCCCCCAAAACAGAAACCAAUCCUUGGACCACCCUGACGUUGGGCUGCUGCCUGGUAACAGUGAGCCCUUGUGACAACUGUGCACACCUCACCUGCCAGAGGCUGACCGGAGGGUUGCCAUGACAACGACGACAGAUCAUACUUAGAAACAUAAGAAAAAAGGAACUCACCAAUGAAGCAGCGACAUUUGGAAAGUAACAGGCAAAAAUGACCCAAAUAAAGAGGUAUGAAGAAAAUGGAAGGAAGAAAAAAUGAAGAUGUGGUAGACGUGGGAGUAGAAGCUGAUAUCAUAGCAUUUAUCAAUCGAUUGCACUUAGUUUGGAGUACGUGAAUGUGGUCCCACAAACACACACCGUCAGUUCUUCCUCUAUCUCUCUGUCUAUCUCUUUUGAAGAUGUCAUGCAUAAAAUGAUAAAAUGGUUGGCAGUAAUUACUGAUGAAUUAUUGAUAAUGCAUUUUCAGUAAUUAUAUGUUGACUCUUCUAAAAUGAUCAUCGCUCAUUUUCUUGCUAUUGCUAUGGGGCCAAGCACUAAAAGAAUGAAUUAUUAUUAUUAUUAUUAUUAUUAUUAUUUAGGUAAGCAUUUAUAUCAGUUUAAUUUUUUACCAUUAUGUAUUAUGCGUAAGUUAAAAUGGGAAAAAUAUAUUUGUAUUUGUUUAUCGAAACCAAUAGAUAUUGCAUCGUUUGCUCUCACAGAUAUCUGUAUGACUGCUAUCACAGUUGAGACUUGAAAUUAAGUUGUUGAUAUUUCUAUCUAUCUCUGCUUUCAUGAGCUGAUGUGUAUUAUAUUUUUUAGAAAAGAAAAUGACAAAACUUCAAAAAUUAUAUAUAAAUGAAUUAAAGAUUAUGAUGGGAA